CUUCGAGUCUUCUCUAAUAUUGCUAUUACUUAUUUCGUUCAAAUUGUGUCCAAGCUUACUGAACAAGAAACGAACCCUUAAGAAAAAAAAAAGCUUCGUUUUCCCAAGUCCUCUACUCACAAACAAAAACUAGCAACAAUGGUUCUCGAGGCGACCAUGAUAUGUAUCGAUAAUUCAGAAUGGAUGCGCAACGGCGAUUAUGCUCCGUCUCGUUUCCAAUCUCAAGCAGAUGCUGUUAAUCUCAUCUCCGGCGCUAAAACUCAAUCUAAUCCGGAGAAUACGGUGGGGAUUUUGACUAUGGCGGGUAGAGGAGUGCGUGUUUUGACCACUCCUACUACUGAUCUUGGCAAAAUUUUAGCUUGUAUGCAUGAUGUGGAAAUGGGCGGAGAGAUGAACAUGACAGCUGCAAUUCAGAUUGCUCAACUAGCCCUUAAGCAUCGCCAAAACAAAAAUCAGCAGCAAAGAAUAAUUGUUUUUGCCGGAAGUCCUGUCCAAUAUGACAAAAAGAUGCUGGAGAUGAUUGGCAAGAAAUUGAAAAAGAAUAACGUGUCUCUCGACGUUGUUAGUUUUGGUGAAGAAGAAGAUGAAAAGCCAGAGAAGCUGGAGGCCCUCAUUGCUGCUGCCAAUACCAAUGAUAGCAGCCAUAUAGUUCACAUUCCUCCAGGUCCAAAUGCCAUAUCUGAUGUGCUUAUCAGCACACCUGUAUUCAACGGGGAUGGAGGAGGCACUGGUUUUGCUGCUGCUGCUGCUGCUGCAGCCGCAGGUGGUGGCGACUUUGAUUUUGGUGUGGAUCCUAACCUAGAUCCUGAGCUUGCUCUUGCCCUUAGAGUUUCCAUGGAAGAAGAGAGGGCAAGGCAAGAAGCUGCUGCCAAGAGGGCAGCUGAGGAAUCUUCUACACAAGGAAAGGUAGAAGAACAAUCAUCCAAUUCACAGGAUGCAACUAUGGUUGACAAUGCUAAUGAUAGAACUGCAGAAGCAACCGGAGAUGCUACUCCAAUGGACGAAGUAAACGCAUUAUUGCAGCAGGCUAUUGCACUGUCAAUGCAAACUCCUGGGUCUGAGCCCUCUGUGCGUGAUGUUGAUAUGUCAGAAGCAAGUAGUGAUGAUCAGGAAUUGGCUAUUGCUCUUCAGAUGUCCAUGUCAGAGAGUGCCAAAGAUGCAUCAAAUGAAACAGAUAUGAGCAAGGUGCUCGAGGAUGAGUCCUUUUUGUCAACUGUUCUUGCAUCACUUCCAGGAGUUGACCCUAAUGAUCCUGCAGUGAAAGAUCUGCUUGCAUCUUUACAAGGCCAAUCAUCUGAGUCGAAAGAAAAGAAUAACGAUGGCGAGAAGCCACCAAAUGAUGAAAAGUGAAGUUUUAAGCACCGAUAGAAGGCUUAUCGAACGACCAACUGCUCCGUUAACCUUCUUGUAUGUUUCCUGGUUGUCAAUUAUUAUAAGGAUAAUGAUGCGUAGAACAUUGUAGAACUUGGAACAUUUCGUGUAAUUGAGAUUUGGAAUGGAUAUGUAUGCUGGAAUUGCUCCUCUUUAAAAAUGAGAAGCAGGUUUAUUUUA